AUGAGUGUCCAGGCGAAGCCAACUAACACCAAACCACAUGCCACCAAGGAUAGCUCCAGCCAUAGCUAUGGCAUCGUCCGCUUCCUUGCGGAUCAGCAGCAAUACCACCCUGUAUUCGGCAAGGUCCAGUCUCCAGCUGAAGUAAAAGUCUUUGCUGAAGCCAGGAUGACGGCAGAGCUGCACGCUUUCGAGCAACAGUUUGGCCCGAGUGGCAAGCCUUCGAGUAGUUAA